GAGGGAGGGAGGGGGGUUAAGUGUCUACUGAGUAGACGGCAGUCGGGUACGAAGAGCGCGAAGGCCUGGCUGCCAGGCGGGUGAACUCUGCACUGAGCCUAGGGUCGGCGGGAGGGUCCGGGGCCAAGUUAGCGCGCCCUGCGAUUAGGAGUCGCACCGCUGAGACCCGGAGGGCAGCAGGGGGCAAAGCCCCGGCGUAGGCCCAGCGGAGAUGUCCGGCUGCGGCGCUUGUAGUUGCGGCGCGGCGGCCGCGCGGCUCAUCACCUCUUCGCUCGCCUCCGCGCAGAGAGGUAUCUCUUGUGGUCGCAUUCAUAUACCCGUUUUAGGAAGGCUCGGGACCUUUGAAACUCAGAUUCUACGAAGAGCUCCCUUUAGAACCUUUACAGAAACACCAGCAUACUUUGCAUCAAAAGAUGGGAUAAGUAAAGAUGGCUCUGGAGAUGGAAAUAAGAAAUCAGCAAGUGAGGGAAGCAGUAAAAAAUCAGGCUCUGGGAAUUCAGGGAAAGGUGGAAACCAGCUGAGGUGUCCUAAGUGUGGCGAUUUGUGCACUCAUGUAGAGACCUUUGUGUCAUCCACCCGCUUUGUGAAGUGUGAAAAAUGUCAUCAUUUUUUUGUUGUACUAUCUGAAGCAGACUCAAAGAAAAGCAUAAUUAAAGAACCUGAAUCAGCAGCAGAAGCUGUAAAAUUGGCAUUCCAACAGAAACCACCUCCUCCCCCCAAGAAGAUUUAUAACUACCUCGACAAGUAUGUUGUUGGCCAGUCAUUUGCUAAGAAGGUGCUUUCGGUUGCUGUGUACAAUCAUUAUAAGAGAAUAUAUAACAAUAUCCCAGCUAAUCUGAGACAGCAAGCAGAGGUUGAGAAGCAGACGUCCUUAACACCUAGAGAGUUAGAAAUAAGAAGACGGGAGGACGAGUACAGAUUUACAAAAUUGCUUCAGAUCGCCGGAAUUAGUCCACAUGGUAAUGCUUUAGGAGCAUCAAUGCAGCAACAGGUAAAUCAACAAAUACCUCAGGAAAAACGAGGAGGUGAAGUGUUGGAUUCUUCCCAUGAUGACAUAAAACUUGAAAAGAGUAAUAUUUUGCUGCUUGGACCAACUGGGUCAGGUAAAACUCUGCUGGCACAAACUCUAGCUAAAUGCCUUGAUGUCCCUUUUGCUAUCUGUGACUGUACAACUUUGACUCAGGCUGGAUAUGUAGGUGAAGAUAUUGAAUCUGUGAUUGCCAAACUGCUCCAAGAUGCCAAUUACAAUGUAGAAAAAGCACAACAAGGAAUUGUCUUUCUGGAUGAAGUAGAUAAGAUUGGCAGUGUGCCAGGCAUUCAUCAGUUACGGGAUGUAGGUGGAGAAGGCGUUCAGCAAGGGUUAUUAAAACUACUAGAAGGCACGAUAGUUAAUGUUCCAGAAAAGAAUUCCCGCAAGUUACGUGGAGAAACAGUACAAGUUGAUACAACAAACAUCCUGUUUGUUGCCUCUGGUGCUUUCAAUGGCUUAGACAGAAUCAUCAGCAGGAGGAAAAAUGAAAAGUAUCUUGGAUUUGGAACACCAUCUAAUCUGGGAAAAGGCAGAAGGGCAGCAGCUGCUGCAGACCUUGCCAACCGAAGUGGAGAAUCAAAUACUCACCAAGACAUUGAAGAAAAAGAUCGAUUAUUACGUCAUGUAGAAGCCAGAGAUCUCAUUGAAUUUGGCAUGAUUCCUGAGUUUGUGGGACGGUUGCCUGUGGUAGUUCCUUUGCAUAGCCUUGAUGAGAAAACACUUGUACAGAUACUGACUGAGCCACGUAAUGCUGUUAUUCCUCAGUACCAGGCCUUAUUCAGCAUGGAUAAGUGUGAACUGAAUGUUACUGAGGAUGCUUUGAAAGCUAUAGCCAGAUUGGCACUAGAACGAAAAACAGGUGCACGAGGUCUUCGGUCCAUAAUGGAAAAGCUGUUACUAGAACCAAUGUUUGAAGUUCCUAAUUCUGAUAUUGUAUGUGUGGAGGUUGACAAAGAAGUAGUAGAAGGGAAAAAGGAACCAGGAUAUAUCCGGGCUCCAACGAAAGAAUCCUCUGAAGAAGAGUAUGACUCUGGAGUUGAAGAAGAAGGAUGGCCUCGCCAGGCAGAUGCAGCAAACAGCUAAACUGUCAGACUUCUGUCCUGUAUAUAAAACUUUUCCUUCUUUUGUUUAUGAUCGUAACUGUUUCUGCAGUCUGACAUUAAAAGCAUUGGAUCUCUCUUGGAUAUCAUACAUGGUCAAAAGCCUUUAGGAUGUAAAAAUCAGAUCAUGUAUAUUAUGUAACAUCACAUUGAUUUAUACAGAGGACAUUAUGUGGACUUUAAUGAUACAGUGUUCAGAGAUAAAAUGUACAUUAUUUUGGUUCAGUUUUUUAAAAAUAUGCUUUAACAAAAUUCUUAGGAGUUCCUUUAAGCAAUGCAAGUGUUGCAAUAACUGGAUUUUACAAUAAUGUUACUCUACAAAUGGGAAAAUAAAUUCUUUAAAAUUAAAAUCGGGAUACCAUUUUUUAGUUUAACCUUUUUCUACCCAUAUCUGUUACCUGAAAAUAUUGGAAUUUUAUUCAUCUUAAAAAUUGGAAUAUGUGGGUCUCCAAGUAGUUAAAAAUUUCAUGGAAAAAGUACCCUGAAGAACCAUAUUUUGCUGAUUUAUUUAGCUGUGUUCCUAGUCUUAUCUGCUAAUGCAUGAUAUCAACUUCCCAAUUGAUACUAUAGAAAAGGCCAUUCCCUUGCUGAUUUGUCUGAUUUAUUUUCCAUCCUUGAUCCAUUUUAGUACGAUGAGUACGGCAGAUGGAAUUGACGUCUGCCUUAAAUCUUCAGGAAAAGAUCAUCUAAUUCUAAAAGUAGCAUGCAGCAUCAUAGUAAUGGCCAUGUGCUAAACUACCCUGCACUUACCUAAAGUGCUGAGCUAGUUUUAUUUUGGUUUUUUUGGUGCUGGAUAUCUGUCUAAUUCCUUGGUGUUGUAGAACAUUGAAGAAAAUCUAUGCUUUGCUCUCAGCAGAAAUGAAUGUGUUCACACUAAAAUUUAAGUUACUAACCUCCAUUAUAAAACAAAACUAAACAGUAGGGGAAAUUUGGAGGGGCUUAACAAUGAAAGUUAUUUCAUUUGAUUUUAUAAAUAUUAAAGUAUUUGGGUGCCUUUUAAGCUUAAUGAUGAUACAAGUUUCUGUACUGUGUGUUCAGUUCAACCUCAUUUGAAAUUGUUUAAAUCGAAGUACAUUUAAAUACUUGUUUCCGUUAUUUGGUUUAUAGACUCUUGAGUUUUCCUUUUACCCCCUUUUUCUUAGGAAAAGAACUUUAAGCUAUUAGCAAAUUCUAAAUCCUAUUGAUGAAAAAUUGGGCUUUCUAUGAUAUAAUAAGAGAUGUGAGAUAUCUAUUUAUGGCUGGGUAGGACCAGAAAUGCACUUCUGCUGAGUGAUUAAGCCUGGUUGCUAUAAAAUGGAACAGAAGCAGGUAUCCUUUUUAGUCUCUAUUAAUGGUUACAGUUCUUUUCAGGAAGUCUUUCAUAUUAUAACUCUUCAUUAUCUUUCUCUUAUAGCAUCAUCGUUUUCCUUUUUGUAGAGUGAAAAUUGGAGUAGCUACUAAAUAUAUUAAGGGUAAUCCUCCAGAAAUGGACUGGGAGACAUUUUAGUCACAACAACUUACAUUUGGUUUUGGAAGUUGUUAACAAAGCCUAAUUGAUGUUUUUAAAUCAAACAGAGUAUAACUACAAUUUGUAUCUUGAAACUUAUGUUUUGGCAUUUGAAUAAAACAAAAGUACUAAAUGAAAGCCAGUGUGGUGGUAUAUCCAUAUGCAGUGCCAUUUUUAAAAGGAUACAGUUAUGGGCGCCUGGGUGGCUCAGUUGGUUAAGCGACUGCCUUCGGCUCAGGUCA